CGGAGAGGCUUGCGUCUAAUCGGCAUUUGCAUGCAUUAUUAUUUCCCCGAGGACCAGAUCAUUCAAGCAAUCAAAAGCCCUUCAUAUGCUCCGUCACUAAGUCUGGUCAUGGUAGACUCGUCCACAUUCGCAACUUCUUCAAGGACUAUCCCAUUCCAAGCUCUCCACCAUCACAGCAAAAUACCGUACUGGGUCUUGAGUCGUACCCACACCUCACGCGUCAUUUCACUAAAGGCCCUGACUCCUGACUUGAAAAAAGAUCUUCCGUUGUGCUGUCAAUCUUACAUCUAGAUCUUGUUGAUCGUCCAUCACCACGGCGCCAUCCGUUCGUUACCAUUCAGCAACAGCCUUGGAAUUUGAUCAUUGGAUGAAGACGACCAAUUCGAAAUCGCCUAUUCUCAGUGCACACCAAGACCGCGGCAUCGCACGUUAUUGCGCGCAUUACUUUCCCAGCAUUGAAGUAAAAUGCGAAAAGAAUCCCAAGUGUAGUUGAACACACAUCACUAGUCUUGGUUGGGCGGUAGUGUGACAUUUUCGUUGCCCAAUCAGAAAAGACACCAAAGAAAAAUUUGGGAGAGCGGACGAAGAGCAUUUUCAUCCAUACUCGCUUACCCUUCUUUGCGCCUCGUCAAAACCUCGAACAGACAAGCAUUCUCCAAGCUUCACAGCUGCAGUCCAUAAUAGCUCACUAAGCCCAUCCGUGCUGUGCGAAGCGCUAGAGUAGUCUCCUCGCCAUUUCUGGGCCUCUUUCGAUUUCGCACGGGCUCCAUCAACGUUAUCAGCUUGCACGCUUGAUGCCGAGAAGUGCUCGUCUCAAAUUCUCAACUCUAUAUUCGACAUUCGCGCUUCUUUUUUUAGUGAUAUUGGGCAUCGUCGCUUGCCCAUUGAUUGCCCCGAUCUAGAUUUUUCGAUCCAUGCGACUUGGUCUUUGCGCCUGACAUCUCCAAACCUCUUUCGAGACUUCCCAAAGGAUCCCAAAGGGUCAGGACGUGGAGAAGGGUCAUUGAACCGACGCUUCGAUCACCGAGCGCUCGUGGUGCAAGCUUUCGCGGGCUCGCCUCCAGCUCAGAAGUCGCGAGGUCUUGAAACCGGGUCUGUAGAGUCGAUUGAAGCCUUCUAGAAGACUUGUAACGUGGUUGAGAGUGGCAUUGAAUGCGAGGCCGUUGAAAUAAGACACCUUGCCCUAGUCCCAGGGUGAGCACAGUCGUUGAGAGGAGACGGACAGGUCAGCGGAACAGGGCCGGUUCGCCAUUAAGUCUCCGGUUUCGAUUCGCCCUACAAGUAGUCUCCUUGGAAGCGACUAGGAGAUUACCCCGCAAGGUCAUUGCUUGACGCAACCACAAAGCGAAACCUAGGAUCGCCCCAGCGUGAAAUUGAGGUGGGCGUGUUGACAACCCAACCCAGCCAAUACACGUCUUCAUCGCGCCUGCGCCUGAGGUGCUGCAAAACUAUACAACAGCCCAAGCCCAAGCCCAAGUAACCUCUGCCUCCUCGAUUCACUCGUAGGCGACCGACCAUCCUCACUGUCGUGUCGUGUCGUAGCGUUAGCCCUAUCGCUCCCGUCGCUCUCGUGCUGUAGCGACGCAUAAGGCACCACCUCCUCCUCUGGCAACCGCAGCGGAAACGGCGCUAUCCCUAUCCUUUUCGCCCUAAGAAAAUUCUGAUUCUGCACCACGCAAGAGGCUCAACCAGCGCGCAAGUCGACCGUCGCAACAUCAUAUAUCUGGCCUCGCCCGGCUCGCGUCGUUACUCACACCGGAUCAGAUUCACUCAGGCCGGUUCGAAGAAAUCGCCCUUGCCGAGCAGGCACCCCCGUGAAAAGCAGUCAAACUGGCACUCCUACACGCGACGCCAGUCCCUUUGACGGCGACGGCGCAUCCCUUCGAAUCGUUGGCGCGAGGCUCGUCGGCGGCGGGCGUGGAACGUGGCAUGGACGAGAACAGUCGGCGACGUAGGCAGAAUGAAUCGCCCUACCAAGGUUCCGAUCCUCGCUUCAAUCAGAAUGCCUCUAGUCAAGGCCGUCCAGGAGGAUUUGCGGGAGCAUCGGCCGACCGCUAUCGCACUUCUGGUGGUCCCUUGACGACAUCCCCAUCUGCUGGACGAGGCUCGGGGGCAGGAGCGAGCUACUCGGGUUACUACAACACAGAACCGCAAUCAUCCUUUGGCGCCGCCUUGCCUGCGAGCACCAUGCAAUACCCCUCGGGCUAUCAAGACCAGCGUCAGCAGCAGCAACAACAGCAGCAGCAGGGCUUCACGGCUUACAAUGCCGACCUCAACAUGUACAAUGUGGGACAGCAAACACCGCAAAGCGCCGUCUUUGACUCUUCCCAGCAGUUCCAAGCACGGCAGGCCGCAUUACCGAUGGGCUCGUUGGACGUGACAACACCAUACUUUGCAGGCGAGCCAACCAGUGCGCCAGGUGCUCCAGGCUUGCAACACCAUGCCUCAUCAGGCUCAUCGGCCGUCUAUCAACAGCAUCAACAGAGCCCAGGCGACCGCGCGCCCAUGCUUCAACCGGGUGGCUAUUCAACUGGCAUGGCAAUGGGCAUGGCUCAAGGCGCACCAGAUAUCAUUGAAGACGAGUUCCAGGCACAAGGCCCCGGAAUGGAGGCAGCCUACACCGCGUACCAGACGGCGCUCAAGGAGAUCUUCCAGAACAUCAUCCAUGGGCGACUUGCGACGGCCGGCCAAUCCCUCCUCGAAGUGUCGGAAUGGCUGCUGGGUCACGUCGGCGAUCUAGGUACGCAUCUCUUUUCUUCUGUUAGAUCCUCUCCACUAAUCCUUUUCUGAUCAAGGCCUUACUGUAGACGAAGUGACGCUCCAUAGCGACAGAAUCCGUCUCUGGGGUGAAUUCAACACGGCAUGGCUCGGCAUUUUCAUGAAGCAGAAGGACAUGCUUGAAUCGGGUCACCGAAUUCAGCCUCCUCAAAAUCUGAUGACGACAGAAUUCAUCCAAAAGAUGGCCAAGGAUCUGAUUCGCAUGUGCGAUGCAGUUGAAAAACACGGCCUGGUCGAUUACCAAUACGGAGUGGGGGAAGAGCAAAUCAUUUCUAGUAGGUAUUGACCAUCUAUUGCCGAAAGGACUUUGCUAACCAAAAUACUACAGUUUUGGAGGAGUGCCUUGAUUUACAAGAAACGAUGGAAGGCGGUGCAUCACAAGGACGUGCUCCACCUUAAUUGCUCUCAACCUCGACUGUUCAUUAUGGGCUGUAUCUGUGUACUGUUUUAUUGUUUUCCUUUUACUUAUACCACGACGCCUUCCUGCGACUUUGAAUCCCAUCUUCGUUUUAUUGUCUUUUUUAUUUAUACAGCGUUUCCAUCAUGGUGUUGGCGGGAAUUUGUUUCGUUGUGGGUCCGGGAGCAUCUGGUUGCAUGGCAUUGUAUGAAGGGUGUGUUUUUUCAAUCACAAUGGAGCCAUGGUUGGGAGCAUCUUCAUCUCAAGGGAAUGGUGCGAUGGAGAUGAAAUGUUUUGAUGUGGGAAAGAAAAAGUUCUAAAGAGCGAUCGCUUUCACAAGCAUCUUGUUUUGGGUGGCUUUGCUGGGUGGGGGCUUAUGGAGUGCUUCUGGGUUUGCUUGGGGAUGAUGGAUGGAUAAAUGGUACCCCCCAGGUUAUUGGGGAUGGGGAUAUUAACUUGGAAAGCAGAUCUUGCUGCUCGGAUUGUACUUGAUACUGUAUAUUUGUUUUCUCUUCUUUCUAUUUCUUUUUGGGGAAGGGGGUGUUUGCACAUUAGAAUUUUGCUGGUGGACAGAGAGGAUGGAG